UUGUCGCCUGCGUCUGCCUCAUGGAUAAACCCGCGCCUUUGUGCGCGUUUCAGAGAGAACCAUCGCACUCGUCUAUUCCACAACGCAGGAAACAGACCUAAUUGAUGGAAUUAACAGAAAGACCUUUCAGAUUGUUCACUCGUUUGAAGAGCACUCUCUUGAAACUAUCCAAACAGACACUGUAUGCGAUAUAGAAAGACAGCGUAACUGCGACAUCAGCAUCAAGAAUAUCGGUGUGGAACGUCUGCUUACAAGCUAUGUAGGAAACACGACGCUGACAACCUGAUAGUGCAAUCGUCUUUACGAUACGAUAAUGGAGUCUACCAUUUUGGACAAGGAGCAACUGCCCCUAUUGUCGCAGGAAAACUCAACUUACAGAGUCCUCCCCGACAAUGGUUCGGAGAUGUUCGACCACAAUAUGACAAAGAUGGAUCGCAAGUUGAUUUGGGAGAUCCUUCAGGAUCAGAGCGGAAUCUACGUCACAGCUUACGCAGACAUCAUCUUCAUCACGUGUUUUGCUAUUCUUAUCAUUUUCGGCGCUGUCGGCAAUGGUCUGGUGUGCUAUGUUGUUGUAAGGAACCCUCAUAUGCGGACGCCGAGGAAUAUAUUCAUUAUCAAUCUGGCUAUAUCAGAUCUUACUCUGUGCCUGUUCACUCAGCCUCUUAAUCUGUAUCGUCUGCUUAGCAACGGGCAAUGGCUACUAGGCGGAUUUAUGUGUAAAUUCGUCGGUAUGUGCCAGGGGACAAAUGUGUUUGUCUCAACGAUCAGUAUCACCGCGAUCGCAUUGGACCGUUUUCAAGUGAUUGUAUACCCGACAAAAGAUAGCAUGAAAAAACUUGGCGCGGCUUCUGCCCUUUGUUCAAUUUGGAUUAUAUCGUUUUUUAUGUCCAGUCCUUUAUUAAUCUUUUCUGUGUAUAGGGUAGAAAAGCCUGUUAUAUGGGUCGAGGUUUAUUUUUACAGAUGUGUCGAGGAUAUUACAUUAAUGGAAGAAAAGGGCGCCUACUCUGUAGCAUCUAUGAUUGUUCAAUACAUUCUGCCAAUAGCCAUCGUUAUAAUAGCGCAUGCGCGAAUAUGUAAUAAAUUAAAAUACCGGAUGGUUAAUCAAGGCAAUGCUGGAACGAGUUUUCAGAAACGAAAAAACGAGCGGCAAUCGAGGCGAAAGCGUAAAACUAAUGUAACUCUGUCUCUUAUCGCUGUGGUAUUUGCUCUGAGCUGGCUUCCGUUGAAUUUGUUUAAUAUUCUUACAGAAUUUCAAUUCAGUCAAUUCAAACAGUUAAAUAUAAAUCUUGCAUAUAAAAUUUGUCACAUGCUGGUAUUGAGCUCGGCUUGCACAAAUCCCAUGAUAUAUGGUUGGUUAAAUGAUAACUUUCGGAGUGAGUUCAUAAAAGUGCUAUCCUGUUGUGUUUGCUGUAUUAAGUUGAAGUCCUUCGUCCAACGUGUGUGUAGCUGCUGCUGCGCCCCUACCCGUGGGGACGUCCCUGUAAUCGUCUUUACCAAGGAAAGCACGGACAAUAAUGGCGCGCUAUCACACAUGGAUCGUGACACACAGGACUGUUCCGUGACUGGGCUACAUUCUGUGACAGACUGGAAUUCGCACCGCUCGCAAAUCUCCCUGUAACACUCGCCUGUAUUAUGACUGGGCGCCGAAAUAUGCUAUCUGUAUACUUCAUAGUACAAAUUGCAAUGCAGAUAUACUGGUUGAAGGCCGAAAUUAUGUGAGAUUAGGUUAUUAUAAUAUUCAGCCGAAAAUCAUUAUAUCGAAUUUAAGGAAAACCCUCUGAAUAAAGCCUAGUUUAGGAUUUCACUAUAGUUACUAGUUGUAAGAUUGUAUGAUAUAUAUUUUUCUCUCUACAAAUAAAAUUAAUGUUGGUUAAGCUCCUAAUACAACAAUCGACAUUUGGAUUAAGGAAAUGUAGAAACGAAACGGCUAGAUGCUUUUGACAGAAUGAAUAAUUAUGCAAAGCUAACUAGAGAGUUAAUUAUUUUACAAAACCUGAGAAGUAAAGAUCAAAGGGAUGAUAUUAACGUUCGAAACUGCAAGAAAAACAAUCCUGAGAAGAGGACAGCAGUUUCAGAGCAAUAUAUUGGAAAUCAACUGUUAUGCAGAAUAUAUUUUCGAUACUCUCCACACACAAAAUAAGAAGCUUAAUUUCGCAUCCCAUGCAUCAGUACACAUAAUCUUUAUAAUAUAGCAGACUAAAUUUGCAUACGUUUUAUCAUUUGUGAUGGUUUGUUCAUGUUUGAUGGCCCCUUUGACAUUUUGUAAUAUUUUCAAAAAUGAAAGAGAUAAUUAAAGAUUAAUCGAGAUAAAACGGGCAUAUUUAAUAAGGGAAUCUUAUACAUUAUAAAAUAAAGGCAUUCUAUUAGUCGUACCACUUACAACUUGUUAACUACGAUACAGCCGUUAUUAUCAGAGACGAGCUGUAUUUCAUUUUAAAAAGUAAAUCACAGACGUACAAUAAUCAUGACACUAAAUCAUCAUUGUUAUUUCUACGUAAAACAGACGUGACAAUGUUCACCCACGCAUGAAUAUCAACACCACAGGUGUUAUGUUUUUCAUCCUUUGCUGAUUUGAACUUCCAUAUAAGCGAAGUCUUUAUUGAAUUUUGUUGUAUUGCUUUGUCUUAAUAAAAUUCAACUA